CCGAUCACCUGGUUUGUUAUCGUCCUUAGUCAUAUUGUCGCCGGAGAUUUUCUUUUGUCUAAAGGAUCUUUUGCAGGUCUGCCCCUAAGUUUGAUGUUCGUCCAUUGAAGUUUGCACACAAACAACGAAUUAAAUAAGCAGAUCUAAUAAUCAUGCCAAGAAAUGCCCAAAGCAAUACCUUAAUGGUUGCUGCUUUCGACUUUGGGACCACGUAUAGCGGCUAUGCUUUCUCCUUCCGAGACGAUCCAACCAAGAUUCAGACAAACCACAACUGGUAUGCAAGCGGUGGGUCUUCCCAGCUGGUGUCAUUAAAGACACCUACCUCCGUUCUUUUAAACCCUAAAGGAAAAUUCGAUUCAUUUGGAUUCGAGGCUGAAAAUAAGUACGUAAGCCUGGCUUUCGACGAUAAACACGAGGGCUGGAGGUUGUUUCGGAGGUUUAAAAUGGUUUUGCAUAGCAAUGAGCACUUGACGAAACGCAUUACGGUGGAGGACUUUUCCGGUAAACAGAUGGCGGCUUUUCCGCUUUUCGUCAUGUCGAUCAAAUACCUGAGAGAACACUUACUGGAGGAGGUUACAUCGCAAAAAAGAGGAAUCAAAGAGACUGAAAUACUGUACGUGUUGACCGUCCCGGCUAUCUGGGAUGACAAUGCCAAGAGGUUCAUGAGAGAUGCAGCCGUUGCAGCUAAAAUAGACCCAGACCGCCUUAAGCUGGCCUUGGAACCGGAGUGCGCCUCAAUUUGGUGUGAAACGUUGGGUACGGACGUGAAAGGCGCUGUAGCCAUUGCUGGGUCGCAGUAUAUGGUCGUCGAUCUCGGAGGGGGGACAGCAGAUAUAUCCGUACACGAAAGAAAAUCAGACGGAACUUUGAAGGAAAUCCACAAAGCUAGUGGCGGUCCUUGGGGAGGCAUCUUUGUGGAUAAAAACUACAUGAAAAUGUUGGAUCAGUUGUAUGGGGAGGAAGCUCUAAUUGACCUGCGAAAGACGGAAAUGAGCGAUUAUUUUGAUAUCACUCGUGAUUUUGAACUAAAAAAACGAACAUUUAAUACCGAUAAAAAAGAGAAUUUUGUCAUUCGUUUGUCUGUUUCGUUGCUUGACAUUGCUAAUAAACAUUCUGAAAAAUCCCUAGAGGAGAGAAUUGCAGCCAUGGACAUUCAGAAAAAUGCCAUAGCACCGAGGGGUAAGGACAAACUGAAGAUCGAUGAGACACUUGUCCAGUCAUGGUUCAAAGGUCCAAUUGAUCUGCUGAUCCAGCACAUCAAGUCGCUUUUAUCAGACCGAAAGAUGAAACGCGUGCAAACAGUUAUUCUGGUCGGCGGAUUUAGCGAAAGCCCAUACGUUCAGAAGAGAUUGAGAAAGGAAAUACCCGGCGCGAGGGUGAUCGUUCCUGCUGACGCGGGUCUCGCGGUGUUGAAAGGCGCCGUGAAGUUUGGACACAACCCAUCCAUAGUCUCCUCCAGGAUUAUGAAGUACACGUAUGGGACUGAAGUAUUACGAACAUUUGAUAAAAACAAACAUCCAGCGGAGAAGAAACUUUUUAUGCAGGGAAAGUGGAAGGUUGAUAAUUGUUUCGAUGUGUUCGUGCCGGUGAACGAAGAGGUGAAAGUGGACCAACAGGUGACCAGGGGAUGUAUUCCUAACAGUGAAAUAUCCCUCACACACAUCUACAGGACGACAAAGCAGAACCCGGAGUACACAACAGACUCAGGAUGUGAACUGCUAGGCACUGUUCAGCUUGAAAACAGCACCGAUAUUCCAUUUCAACAGCAGGUUAUAGAAACUACGUUCAUGUUCGGGGAUACGGAACUUCUUAUUAAGAUGCAGAACACGACCACUGGAAAAGAUGCCUUCAUGACCUUUAAAUGCUUCCAAUAAAACAUUUUUGAAAU